CGUCAUCAUUAUAACCUACAAAAAUAUUGGCAUCUUGCGACAAUCUGCAACGUUUAUUUUUUUGUGACAAACAUUUAGUUUUUUGCAAAUUAUGUUAUUUGUGAAAAUAAUUUAUAUUUAGGAGAAAUUGUUUAUUAAUUUUCGAAUUAAGAAAAAAAAAAAAAUGAGUGAUACAGAAGAGAAAAGAAAACGUGAUCGUGUUUCACCAAAAAAUGAAAAUUCAAGUGAUUCGGAUAAUAAUAAAAAACGAGAUGAUUCACGUAAAAAUGAUAGAAAACGAGGAGGAGAUUAUAAAGAUUCAAAUAAAAGAAGAAGACGAAGUCCUGAAUUUGAUAGAAGAGAAAGAAGAAGGGACGAAAGAAAUUAUUAUCAAAGACGAGAUGAUAGGAAUUCUUAUAGAAGAGAAAGAAGCUAUGAAAGAGAUUCUUAUAGAAGAAGAGAUGAUGAUGAUGAACGUAGAAAUCUCCGAAGAUAUUGGGAUACAAGUGAUAAAAAUGAGGGUAAAUUUAGAGAUCGAUUUGAAUCCGAUGAUGAAGUAGAAGUUGGUGAACGUUUUUAUGGUGGUAAACGAAAACAAAAUAAAACAGAAGAGAAAAGAAAGGAGAAUGAACCACCAACAAACAAACCCGAGAUUCAUCCAUCACGAAAGAGAAAUAUCGAUGUUCUUACAACAAGAACAGGAGGUGCAUAUAUUCCACCGGCGAGACUUAAAUUAAUGCAACAAGAAAUAUCUGAUAAAUCUGGAGCGGCUUAUCAACGAAUUGCUUGGGAAGCCCUUAAAAAAUCAAUUCAUGGACAUAUUAAUAAAGUAAAUACAAGUAAUAUUGGUAUAAUUGUUAGGGAACUUUUAAAAGAAAAUAUUGUUCGUGGACGAGGUUUAUUGAGUCGUUCAAUUAUUCAAGCACAAUCUGCAUCGCCAACAUUUACCUCUGUUUAUGCUGCACUCACGUCUGUUAUAAAUUCAAAGUUUCCAGAUGUUGGUGAAUUAAUAUUAAAACGUCUUUUAAAUCAAUUUAAACGUGGCUAUCGUCGUAAUGAUAAAGCAAUUUGUAUAUCAUCGGGUACAUUUAUUUCACAUUUAGUUAAUCAAGGUGUUGUACACGAUCUUCUUGUAUUGGAAAUACUAAUGUUACUUACGGAAAAUCCAACUGAUGAUUCAAUUGAAAUUGCAAUUGCUGUUUUAAAAGAAUGUGGAAUGAAAUUAACGCAAACAUCAAAAAAAGGAAUUGAAUGUAUUUUUACAUCAUUGAGAUCAAUUUUACAUGAGGGUACUUUAGAUAAACGAGUACAAUAUAUGAUUGAAGUUAUGUUUCAAAUUCGUAAAGAUGGUUUUAAAGAUCAUGAAGCCGUACCCGAUGGUCUUGAUCUUGUUGAAGAUGAAGAUCAAAUAACACAUUUUUUGGAAUUUGAGGAUACAAUCGACUCUCAGGAUAUAUUAAAUGUAUUUAAAUUGGAUUCGGAUUAUGUUACUAGUGAAGAGAAAUAUAGAAAUUUGAUUAAAGAAAUUUUGGAUACGGAUAGUAGUGGAUCUGAGGAGGAUGGAGAUGAAGAGGAAAGUGAAGAUGAAAGUAACGAAGAAGAGGAAGGAAAACAGGGUGUAAUUAUAGAUAAUACGGAAACAAAUUUAAAAGCCCUACGAAGAACAAUUUAUUUGACAAUUCAUUCGUCACUUGAUUUUGAAGAAUGCGCUCACAAACUUCUUAAAAUGGAAUUAAAACCCGGACAGGAAGUUGAAUUGUGUCAUAUGAUACUUGAUUGUUGUGCUGAAAAUAGAACAUAUGAAAAAUUUUUUGGCCUUCUAGCAGGACGAUUUUGUGCUAUUAAGCAAAUCUAUGUGACGCCAUUUGAACAAAUUUUCCGCGAUUCUUACGAUACAAUUUAUCGUUUGGAUACAAAUAAAUUGCGUAAUGUUGCCAAUUUUUUUGCCCAUCUCUUUUGCACAGAUUCAAUAUCAUGGGAAGCGAUGUCUUGUAUUAAAUUAAAUGAGAACGAUACCAAUAGUUCUGGACGUGUGUUUAUUAAGAUUUUAUUUCAAAAAUUGUCGGAGGAUAUGUCACUUGCUAAAUUAAAUGAAAGACUUAAAGACGCAACUUUACACGAAGCAUUUUCGGGACUUUUUCCAAGGGAUGAUCCCAGGAAUACAAGAUUUGCUAUUAAUUUCUUUACAACAAUUGGAUUAGGAGGAUUAACAGAUGAUCUUCGGGAACAUUUGGAAUCUCGUCCGAAAAUUGUACCUGCUCCGCAAAUUGCUUUGGAGGAAAAAUCUAGUUCGGAGAGUUCAUCUUCAUCUUCGUCUUCAUCUAGUUCCAGUAGUUCGUCAAGCAGUUCAUCUUCUGAUAGUUCAGAUUCUGGUGUUUCAGAUUCUUCUGAGGAUAAAAAAAGAAAAAAAAAGUUGAGUAAAAAGCGCGAGAAUAAAGCUAAAAGAAGAAAAGAAGAGAUUAAAGAUAAGAAGCAAAAGAAAAAGCGAAAGGAAAAGGAGGAGGAGGAAAAAAAGAAUAAAGACAAAAGCAAGAAGAAGAAGCGAAAGGAGAAAAAAUAGGCAAAAGAUUAAUAUUAGGAAAGAAAAAAAAGGGAAGGAUAUUUAAAUUAUUUUCUACAGACUAUCUUCAAUUUUGACAUAUAUUUAAUUAAAUAUGUCGAAGGUUUAAUUUGUAUAUAGAUCGUUUAUAUACUAUUCUAAUAAAUUAAAACUCAAGACUUCAGUUUUGAUACAAAAAAAAAAAAAAUUGUACUUAUUCAUCAAUAUUUAUAUUACACUUUUAUUAUUCAUUUUUUUUUUAUUAUUUUACAGGUAAGUUUAACGAAGUAGAAGAAAACCAAAAAAGACAAUUCGAAUGAGAGAUUGGCUUGAGAAAAUUUAUUUUUUAUCAGUUUAUCCAGUAAAUGCAAAGUAUAGUUGACGGCUAGAAAUAAUCUGUGGAAGUGUUUGGAAAAUAAUUGACAUAUUAAUAACGAAUGAACUUCUGCUAUCAAGUCGGUUUUCUGAACGAAAAACGGUUCGGAUACUAAAAA